AUGGGCAAUGAACACCAUGUUUGGAACAUAUGCAUGGAAUGCAGCCCCAGUAGAUGGCACGGAUAUCCAACGAGCAUUCGCCGCAGUGGCACAACAGCGGCAUUGUCAAUAUCGGAGGAGCGCCAGAAAAACAGGACACGACACCAGCAAACUCCAGGACAGAACACACUAGAGCACAUCGGGACAAUGUUCCCACUCUUCUGGAGACAAAAGGAACUGCUUAAACUUCUCAAUGAGGAACGAAGGGAACACCACAGAAUGCUCAAGAAUCAAACCAGAACGCGACGGAAAUUUGAAAUUGGAGACCUUGUUAUGGUUCGGAAACAAGUACAAUCAAACGCCUCUGCAGGAAUACCAGCAAAACUGGUGCUAAGAACAAAAGGACCCUAUAGAGUCAUCGAGAAAGCGUCAGACGACUCAUACAGACUACAAAAGAUCCCAGGAACAAGCACCAUGCUAAAGAAGCGAGGAUUGACCCCAAUCAAAGAAUCAGCAUUCAGAAUGCACAAGAUCCCAUCAACGAUAAUACUUCACAAACGAGUGGACACACCAGAUACAAGACUAGCAAACAUGAGGAGCCCGCUAGCACACAGCCCCCUGGAAAUGAAUCUUGGACUGGUUGAUUUUGGUAAAUACGCGACAACACCGACAGACACAGACAACGCAUUCGAGCCAAUCAAAGACCUUUGGGACGAAGAGGUUGAGCCAACUGAAGAUUCAUCAGACGAAGAAGAAGACGACACCCCUACACCAUCCAUACUGGACGCUAUGCAACGCAUGCAGCCUUGGCCGAUUAACCGAGACGUACCACCAACAGAUACACAAGGUGCCAACCAAACCAGACAGGUCCAUACCACAGAAACCAUCACAGAAGAACUCAAUCUACAGAGCGUAUACGAACAAACCACACGAUCCAAGGACAAAUUAUAUGUCAUAGCCCAUCAAGACGACACAUCAGGGUGGAACAACUGGUACGUGAUACAAAUCGACAUGGAGGAGACCAACGAGAAACUAGCAAGAACAAAAGGACAGUAUCACUGCAAGUGGUACAUACCAAAACCCACCGCUACAAAGCAGGGCCCCCCAAUGACCAGCCCCUUUUGGCCCCUCAUCAAAGAAUUUGCCGACGAGACAACAUACGGCCCAACAGUACCUAUCAGACCCAGCAAAGUCGACCAGGUGCUAAACAAGAGCCCGCACAAAUACGCCUGGUACCAGAAAGAGGUCAACAUUGUUGAAGAUGGCGUGUACAGACCGUUCGAUUUUGAACGAGACUACAAAAUACCGGACGUGGUGUGGGAAAAAGUGAGAGAGGCGGCACCACAGAUGAAACUAAAAGUGGCCAACAUCACGCCCAAGUCAACACCACCAGGUAGAGCACACAAACGAGCGCGACACAAACGAUAA